AUGCCUAUUCCACUAGCAUCACCACAGACCUCCGAUCCUGUUUUCUACUUGAUCGGAGAUGAAGUGUCAACGGCCCAGUCUGUAACACUUGAUUCCAAGUGGAAGCUGGAAGAUGUCAAGCGCGCUGUAGGAGCAGUGUUUCAUGUGGCUCAGCCAAUGGGCUUGACCUUCCACUACGGUGAAAACGAGCAGGAGCUCUCUACAGUAGAAGAAAUCUCCAGCACACCCUCAUCACAAACUACACCAAUCGGUCUCCGCGUCGAUGGACAGGCAGUUCAGAGUCCCCAGGGCCCCGAGGGCCUGCCCCUCGUUGGUAGCUAUUAUGAGAUCUUCCCCGACCACCUGGGCAACCACUACCGACUAUUCCGCAAAUAUGGCCAUGUUAUCAAGACCACCAACAUGGGCAAAACGACAUACCUCACCGAUAGCCCGGAAGUGGCAGCUGUCGCCCUCUCUGAAUCAGUCUACAUGACCAAGAAGAUCAACGAGAACCACCCUCUCUGGGGUGUCAAGGACAACACUGCCAUCUUCAUCGGAGAUACCGAAACCGAGAACUGGCGGUUGGCCCACAAAUUCCUGCCACCUGCAAUGGGUCCUAAGGCAGUGCGUCACUAUACCCCGUUGAUGCAAGAGUGUGCGCGCCAGUCCUUUGCAGUGUUCGAUGAACUUGAUGCUCAAGGCAAAUCCUGGAACGCCUACCAGUACAUGAUCAAGCUUGCGUCGCAGACCAUUGGCAAAUUCUCCCUGAACACCGACUUCGAACAUUUCACCCAUGUCGACGCCCCUUUGCACCCCAUCGUUACCAACAUCGCCAGCCUGCUGUCUCUCAAUAAGAAGAUCACCGCUCGCGGUGAAUGGUACCGCCAUCUUCCCUUCGGCGACCCUGCGCGUCUCAAGCUCGUCCAGAAGACCAUCUACUCCCUGCUUCAGGAAAAGAUCGAUCUCGUCAAGGGGUCGGGCAUUGAGGGUAUGCCCAUGGCUCAAGCCGCCACCGAGGCAUCUUGCGUGGUUGACUAUCUCCUCAACACAGUCGACGAGCAAGGCCAAAAAUUCCCCGAAGGCCUGAUCGUCGCCAACAUGCUCAUUGUCACCGGUGCCGGAUUCACAACUACCUCCGCUCUGAUGUCAUGGCUCCUCUACUGCCUCGUUACCUACGAAGGCGCCCAAGACCGCCUUUACGAAGAACUGUGUGAGCGCGGGGUUGCAAACGGCGAUGUCGAAUGGACGCCCGAGUUUGCCCACAGCCUGACAUUCCUGGAUUCCUUCGUCAAGGAAACACAGCGCCUUCACAACGCCUCCUUCCAGCCCGGCCGCACAACGAAAACUGACGUUGUCUUGCCCGGCGGGUACCGCUUGCCUCCUGACAGUGUCCUCGUUCCCAACCUUUAUUCCAUCCACACCAACCCUGAAGUCUGGCGUGAUCCCUUCCGCUUUGAUCCUGAUCGCUGGACUACCGACGAGACCAAGAACAAGCACCGUUGCGCUUAUAUUCCGUUCGCCACUGGCCCUCGUGGCUGUAUUGGGUUCAACUUCGCGCUGCUAGAGGUCAAGAUCUUGUUGUCGGAGCUUGUCUCGCGUUACGAGUUUACCCGCGAGGGUCUUGAGGCUGUCGAGUAUGAUCCUGAGUUCCAGUUGAUUCGCCCGUUGAACUUCUAUGUUCGGGCCAAGAGAAGAAAUCCCACUGCCUAG